AUGUGGAAGUAUAUCAGACAUUUAGAGGUGCUCUGCCCGCCGUCCGACCCUGCGAUGCGCUUAGAUUGGCCACAAGGAAGGGUGCCGCUCCGACGCCAUUGGAUCAAUGCUCGGAAGGAGAAGCGAUUUGUUGCUUUGUCGUAUACCUGGGAGGAAUCCGACGACGAGGACAAGACUCAUGAACGAUAUGCGGUCCAGGCCAGGGAUAAGGCAAGAUACUUCCCAUGCAAGGUUCGAGACUGUGUCUUUGAACGUAUCCUUGAGUAUAUGCGCGUUCACGACAUAUUCUAUUUAUGGAUCGAUCGAUACUGCAUCGCGCAACGAGCUUGCAAGGCCCACCAUUGCAAACAUAAAAAGUGCGCUACAAAACGCAAGGCUCUUCACGCCUCAGACCUCGUCUACGGUAAUUCCCAAUUCCCUGUUGCCUUGCUUGGCAGAGAAAUGAAUCAAAUACAAGAUGUGCGGCUUUUGGCGAAGAUCAUGGGAGGACGGCUUGUGGUUGGCGGAAUCGACGGCGCCCGACUUUCCAGGAAGACGUCUCGGGAAGAGGUACGAGGCGCUCUGGCCUUACUUGAUGCUAUCACCAGUGACAAGUGGUGGACGAGAGCUUGGACGUUCCAGGAGAACUACCGUGGAGGCACAAGAAUGACAUUGCUGAUCCAUCACUCGCCAGAUUUUGAAAAGACUAAGAGAGAGUUUGGGGACGUGUUCGGGUACGUCCCUGGCGAAUUGAGCAUCCAGUCAACGAGCUUCUUUAAGCACACGACCCUGCUUUGCCUAGCAGCCCUUGAAGAGAGCCUGGAGAUUGGCAUGGUACAUCGCAUUCUUCGUGCGGCUGGGAGGUACUCAAUUCUCUUGCACAAAUCAGAAUCGAUGACAUCCAGGAUUAUCGCCGACCUCCAAUUCAAGGAGGCGACUGUGGCGUCUGAUAUCCUCGCCAUUAUCGCAAAUUGUUGCACAUAUCCUGUGCGGCUGGAUGUGAAGUCGCUUGACAAGGAAGAUAUUUCCGUCAAUAUCCUUGCUUUACGUCUUCUCAACGGAGAGGUUUUUCACAACGGCCGCGGCCGAAACCAAUAUUUAACGCGGCCGAAACGCACGACGGAACGCUUUUUCUUUUCGCAAUUUGAGGCUCCCCCAAACCAUCACAGGCUCACGUACAACAAGCAUUGCCGAUUCGACGAUGUUUACCUUACAAGUACAGGGGUCGAAACUACUGGGCAUUUGUGGAAGUUAGAGAAGCUGAUACGUACGGACGAGCUGCUCCCUGGUCCACUGCGUUUGAAGCCUUCGAAACGGACAUUAAUCACGCGAGACCGUCUAACGCAGCUGAGGGAUAUGCUGAGGGACAACGGUGCCCAAUUUCUCGCUGAAAAGAUCGACCAUUUCAUCCGUUAUAAUGACUGGAACUCGCCUCUUCGACCGCUUACAAGAUCCGGUUUCUCACGUCACUGGGUAUCAACAAUGAUUCAGGAAGUGAUCGCUGCAAUGGAAGAUGGCAAAGUCCUUAGAUUGGGGCGUUUGUAUGGCUCUCCUACCAAUGAAACCCCACAAAGUUCUGCCCUGUUUAUCUACAAGGAUGAUGCGCAUCGGGAACCGUUCGGCCCGUCGGAUUACGCUUUCACAGUUUUACGUCCCAAGUCUGUGGAUGACAAGCUGAGGAACUACAAUGACUUACAUCGGCAUGUCUCUAUUCAAGUGGAAGUAGCAGGCCUCGCCGACUCGUUGCCUCGACUGUAUUUCAAGCAGUGGAUGCCAGGAUCAUGUUUCUUCUCGGGAUGUCCCAGGAGGAAGGUGGUGUUUCCUUGGCCAGAUAUAUUAUGA